CGCCUCCUCUGCCGCUGGGCUUAGCAAGCGCAUCAGCCUCGUCCGACAUCAGCUCGUGCACUCUAUUCCAAGGCGCUCACUUGACUCCUUUCAGGCUUCUUGUCAGGUGGCUGCCAUCCCCUCACGGAGCUGAAGUAAAACUGCAGCAGUCACUUCACGCACUCUGAGGUCAAUCAGACAUGAGUAAGAUUGCUCGCACGUCUCCUAUUUGCUUUCACGUGGUCCAGACUCUCUACUUCUUCAGAGCUCUUCAAUCAGCCUGCAAUCCAACAGGGCCUGGCGAGAAAAUCCCCUGCAAACGUCCCAUUCUCUUCUUCCACAUCAUCAACUCACAUGUUUCUUCGUCAUGGUAAGCCAUUCGACCCAAUUGCUCAAUGGACCAUCCUGUCCCCUCUCAGUUUGCAGUCCAUCGACUCAACGAACCUGCAUCUGUAAUAAUCCAGAUGAAACCAUGCCAUGAUGGCGAAUCGCUAUAUCCUGACCUGAGGUUGCAUAACAACUUGAUCUUCAUGCUCAGAUUUCUAAAGGUUUCACGAGGAAGAAAAGUACGGCUCCUCCCUCCUGUCAGGACGGGCCGCGGCAAUUGGUAUUUUUGUCCGACGCUCUGAGGUGACCUCUUUUUCUAGAUGACUCAAAAAAAAUAUUUUUUGUAUGCAAAGGGUCGGACGGUCGGUCAGAGUGAGUUGGAGCCUCGGCAGGAGGAUCACGAUGCACUGCUGGCACGCCGGG